CAGAAACGUUGCCAUCAUGGCGUUUUAGAGGCAAGAACUUCACAACGUAUCAAGGAAUUUCCAGAAUUUUACCAGCUCUACGAUGGAUGAAAGCCAGUGCUGCUCAGGAGCAGAAGUGCAGGAAGAAUUAGCAGUUACAUCCAAGCCUCCUACAGUUAUCCAUUCAUGUGAAGAUGAUGACUAUGAAAACAUGAAUUCAUUUCAAGCCACCCAGGAAGCAAAAGAGACCACCAGCCAAACAGGUGAGAAAAGUCCCAACUCUUCAUGUGAAGAUGACGACUAUGAAAACAUGAAUUCAUUUCAAGCCACCCAGGAAGCAAAAGAGACCACCAGCCAAUUAGGUGAGAAAAGUCCCAACUCUUCCAUGACAACUAAAGAACUUCAGGAAUACUGGCGGAAUGAGAAACGAAACUGCCGAGAAGUGAAGGUGCUUUUUGAAAUCCCAUCAGCCAAAAUUGUAGAGAAGCCUUUCUCUAAAUAUGUGAAGUACCAAAUCAUCAUAAUCCAGACCGGCAGCUUUGACAGCAACGUAUCAGUGAUUGAGCGUCGGUAUUCUGAUUUUGAAAAGCUGCACACAAGCCUAUUGAAAGAAUUUUAUGAUGAAAUGGAAGACCUUGCCUUUCCCAAAAAAAUCCUGACUGGCAAUUUCAUGGAUGAAGUCAUAAUGGAGAGAAAGCUAGCUUUCCAGGAUUAUCUGCGGUUUCUCUACUCCAUGGAGUUCAUCAGGUCAUCUCGAAUGUUUAUCGACUUCUUAACAAGGCCUGAGCUGGAAGAGGCCUACAGCUGCCUUCGAGGAGGACAAUACACCAAAGCUUUGGAAGGUCUUCUGGAGGCUGUAGCUUUGCAAGAGAAGCUCACAAGGCAUAGACCCAUUCUGUUGGUUCCCACGCUCUGUGCCAUCCUUGUAUGUCACAAAGAUCUGGAGAAUUUCAAAAGUGCCUUUGAAUUUGGAGAAAGGGCUUUACAGCGCUUAGAAAAACAACCCGGUCACCGGUACUACAUACCCCUGUUAGAAACAAUGAUUUCCUUAGCCUAUGUACUUGGGAAAGAUUUUUUGUUCUUCCAAACAAAGAUGGAAGAGAGGAAGGCCAAGAAGCAUCAGCAGAAAAUGGCAACGUUGAAAGAACUGACAGUGCAGGAAUAUAUACAAUGAGGGGAAGAAAGGGACAGAAAUAUAAUGCAGAUUUUGAUGAGGCCGGAGCAUUUUCCCAACAGAACAGGAAGACUGAAAGAUAUUUGGAACUUAAAGAAAAAACAUGAGCAUUUAAUAAGUGAUUUGUUGUGUGCAGGAAGCAGGUAGGAAAAAAAACCCUUUUGCUUGUUCUUCUUAUGCUAAAAUUCAGAAAUCACCCAGUGGAACCGCUUCAGAGAGAUCCAGAACUGUUCUAUAAAACUCUUCCCUUGGACAUCACCUGAUAAAUGUGUAGAACCUCCUCCCACUAAAAAACAAGGUUGAUGGUGA